CUUUUGUGGCUCCAGAGGGAAGUAAAAUUUUAUCACAAAAGAGGCGGAGCCAUGCAAAUUAUUUACGGGAAAAGCCCUGUUUCUGUGUUAGCUAAGAAGACCAUUUGAAUGAAGAUUUAUAAUUAAGAUGCAUAAAUGCCCUCUGCAAAGACCCCCUUAGCUGUGGGAGAAGGAGAGAUCACUGUGAGUCCGAGCUGAUAAAGAAUUCCGGCUCUCUGGUACCUCCAGCUGUGCCAGGGAGUUCACUCUGGCUGAUUUCGUGUCCGCACUGGUCCCUGUGGCCUCUCCCCUCCAUGGCCCUCCUGGCUCUCACCCUGGCUCUGCUGGCAAUGACCGUGGCCACCACGGCCAUAACGGUGAGACCCCUGGACAUGGCCCCGGACUCCUUCGAUGACCAGUACCAGAACUGCAGCCAUGCCAUGAUGGAGGAGCUGCGGACCCUGAAACACUCCGAGCUCCAGAACAAUUCUCUGUUCGCCAAGGUCUGGCCAAAGGCUGUGCACUUGUGGAAAUUUUGGGGAUCCCCUCAGUACCCUCUGUCAUCCUCAGCCCACACAUUCGCCCUCAUGGCCUACACCAUGGAUGACCUGUCUGAGCAGUUCGAUGAUGAAGUGAGAGUGGCCGGGCGCUCCCCCCAGGAACACCGGGACACCUUUGACUACAAAACGCUGCAUUUCCUGCUGACCGACGCCGUGGCAACGCUGAGGGCUGCUCAGGGGCAGAAAUGUCACUGUGUGACCUGGGGCGUGGAUGACUACAAGUUCAAUGCAAAUGUUGGCGACAUCGUCCUGUUCGGCCAAUUCAUGUCGUCAACGCUUUGCGAAAAUAUCUUCCACCAUUUCAGGACCACCACGGUGUUCAAGGUGCAGACGUGUCACGGAGCAGAUAUCAGGGAAUUCUCCAGAUAUCCCAAUGUGAAGGGGCUGCUGAUCCCACCCUUUGAGAAGUUCAAUGUCACCGAAGUCGUGGAGAAAGGGACGAGUGUGGAGAUCCACCUCAACUCCAUCGGGACCUACAGCAAAUACAACUGCGAGUGGCUGAAAGGUGGAAGCGUCCCCACAACUCCUGCCACUUCAGAGAAUUCCUCCUGGUCACCACAGCCCUCACAGUGGCCACUGAGAUCCUCUGAGCCAUGAAGCCACCAAGGUCACCAAGAUCUCUGUAGUCACUGUGGCAACCUUGAUCAGCAAGACCAGCAGGACAGCCAGAGAAACAAGGCCACCAAACUACCUAGGCUACCACUGCCACUAUGGCCACCUUGGCCACCGUGUGGUCACUGGGGCCACCACUGGCACUGUGACCACUGCAUCCCCCACAGUCACUGUGGCCACAGUGUCAUGACGACAUUUUGCAAAACAAUUUUAUAAAAUACUUAUAUGAAAAAAUUGUAUCAAAUCAAUUCUAUUAAAUUGUUCUAUCAAAACAA